AGGCGGCCGCCAGAUCAAACACCAGGUCCAGAGCACAGAAACAUUUCCAGACGGCCGCAACGGCGGGUACGUCACGCGGUCGGUGCUGCGCAGGACUCUCAGCUGGUUGGAUGACGGCGCCGAGUUCCGCUGUCAGGCUGACGUCCAGGCUUUGACCGGCACCCUACAGGCGGCCCACAGGCUCAACGUCCAGCACCCUCCCACAUUCCGUCCGAAGAACAUCAGCGUCACGUCCGUCCGGGGUCAGCACUUGACCUUGAACCUGACGGCGCGGGCCAACCCGGCCGUGCUCUCCUACGUCUGGUCACGUGACACAGUCUCGCCGGCGACCAGUGACGUCACGUUGACGUCAGCGGACGGCGUGAUGAACCUGACGUCGGUUAAAAGGGAGGACAGCGGCUGGUACCAGCUGCAGGCGACGAACGCGCUUGGCUCUGCCACCGCCCGGGUCCACGUUGAUGUUCUCUACCCGCCUGAGAUCAUCAAGCGUUCGUCGGUGACGGUGGCGCGCCGGGGCGAGCCGGUGGCGCUCCGCUGCCGGGCCGAGGCCAACCCCCUGACGCCCGCCAUGUUCCGAUGGUCCCGGCCCGCACACCGGCUCGUCAACGUCUCCACCAGCUACGCCAACAGCACGUCCACGCUGACCGUCCACAGCGCCGGCCCGGACAGUGCCGGCGACUUCGAGUGCUUUGUCGAGAACAAGCUGGGCUAUGACGUGGCGCGUUUCUCGAUCGUCAUUGAAGAGGCAGCCCACAUUGUGAAGAGCGCCAGGCUGGCCAAGGCGGCCGCGAGUCCGGGAGAGACGUGUCACGUGACCUGCCGGGCCGUCGGCGCGCCGGACGUCUCGUUCAGCUGGUCCCGGCAUGGUGACGUCAUCAGUAACGAAAUUACGGCCGACAUUGGGUGUCGUACCAUUUCUCCCCAGCUUGACCUGUCGACGUGGGCGACGGUUCUGGAGAUCAGGGACGUCCGAGCCUCAGACUACGGUGCCUAUAGUUGUACAGCCACCAACCGGCUGGGCUCGGACACGCACACCGUGCAGCUGGUGCUGCCCUCUGUGCCGGACCCUCCACUGGACCUGCGGGUGCUCAACGUCUCCUCUCAGGCUAUCACGCUGGCCUGGACGCCUGGCUUCGACGGAGGCUUUAUACAGGGUUUCCGUUUUCGCUACUCUGAGAGUGGCUCUCCGCAGCCGACGGUUCAGGACGGUGACCCGACCUCGGUCCGGUUCACUAUCGGCGGCCUGCGGCCCGACACCGGCUACCAGUUCUCAGUGGCCGGCUACAGCCAGCUGGGCGUGGGCCGGUACACAGAGCCGCCGCUCGCCGUCAGGACCAGCGGCACGCCGCCGGUGGGCUACGUCACGGACCGGGAGGAGCCGGCGGAGCUACGCGCGCAAGGGCCCGGUGAGGGGUGCACCGGCCCGAAGCCAACUCAGACGCAGGGGAGCCAAUCGCGAGGCUCCAUUUCAUUCAGGAGCUCUCGGAGCAACUCUCUGGAGGGCUAUGCUGACAAGCGGGACGACCGCCAGCUGUUGCCCUCUGAGGAAGCAGACAGUGCAGCAGACAGUGCACACCACGCAACUGCACUAGCUGCCGCGGCCUCGCAGGCGGACAGCAGUGACGUCAUAGAGCUGUCGACACGGUCCGCGCUACUGCCGAGAAGCAGCGGUGGCGGCCCGAGAACCGUGGACGGAUCGUCGUACGGCUACCAGCACCUCCACACGUCCGACACGUUCAUGGACACGCUGGCCGACCUCGAUCACUCCGUUACGGCCACCCCUGACGUCAUCAGCGGUGACGUCACUGGGAUAGAUGCCGAGUUCGGCCGGACUGAGCGUCGUCACGUGCAAACACAGCGGCGGCGGCCGAAGUUGGUCAGCUUUAACGAGCCCGAGCGGCCGAGGCCGGACAGCGCGCCGGCUGGCGGUGAUGUGCUCCAGGGGCUGUGAUGUCGCGUGGCUCGCAAGCCAGCUGAGGUGGCGGGCCUCUGGCGCGUAGCGCACCCGGAGCGGGACGCCCGGCACCGGAUGCGCUACUAGUCAGGUGUAGGAGACCCAUCACGGACGUCUUUCGUUCGGUCGUCAUUCCACUUGUACUCAUCCCUCGCAACCCGGAUGACAGUGGAAUUUCAGUGCAGCAGUGCGAGUUUGGGAAGUGUUGAUCUUGUGCUGUGUGGCUUGAGGCGCUUACGCGAUACUUGGAUCGUAGCUUUUUAUUGAUUCAAGCCUGGAGGUGGCAGUCCAUCCACAUGUAGGACGGCUUGUGCGUUUGGGUCGCAGUUUGCGUUGAAUGCAGCAGUUGAGACUGGAUGUGACACGUUAGAUCACAUGCUUCAACAGCGUUUCGAGCAAAUGUGGCCUGCCGGUGCAGAUGUGCGUCGAUUUUUGUUGGUGGAGAUGGUGGUGCAGGUUUCCCAAGUACGAAACCAACGGCUAAAAUUCAUGUAACCGCGGUCGUUAAUGUAAAAUGUACUUUUAUAGAAGUGUGGGUUUUCUUGGGUAGGCUGCCGGUUACCAAGAAAGAGCUUUGUUUCCAAUUUCAAUAGCGAAAUCGAUUUCCGCGCCGGCGCGCAAGAACGC